UCUAACCGCAGACUCCCGGCGCAGUGUGAGCGCAGUGUCCGGGUUUCAGGGCUCUUUCUGCGGCUCGUAGGGACCGACAGAGCCGCAUGUAGCGCGGACAGAUUCACACAGGACACAGAGCGGCUCCACCUGGAGCUCAUGGCCGAGAUACUGGAGAAAAAGAAGCCGAACGUGAGCGCUGGUCCCCGGCGGAGGAGCAGAGCCAGUCAGCCGCGGAAGAGCAGCCAAACUCGGGUUCGUUUGGAGCAGGUUUUCGGGCUCACGGCGUCCUGUAGCUCUCUGUCUUCAUCGUCGGGGCUGGUGGCGUAUCCCGCUGGGUGUGUGGUGGUGCUGUUGGACCCAAACACAAACAAACAGAGCCACAUCCUCAACUCAUCCAGGAAGUCGUUCAGCGCCGUGGCCUUCUCCCAUGAUGGAAAGCUGCUGGUCACCGGAGAGAGCGGUCACCUGCCGUGCGUGCGCGUGUGGGACCUGGAGGGGGCGCUAAAGGCUGAGGUGCAGACUCAUAAAUACGGCGUUUCCUGUGUGGCCUUCAGUCGCUCCGAUGUUUACGUCGUCUCUGUGGGAUUCCAGCACGACAUGAACGUGCACGUGUGGGACUGGAAGAAGGGUGUUGUGAUCGCAUCUAACAAAGUGUCCAGUCGAGUGUCCAGCGUCUCUUUCUCUGAGGACGGCAGCUUCUUCGUCACCGCGGGAACCAGGCACCUCAAGUUCUGGUACCUGCACCAGUCUGCGCACAACCGGGUGAACAGCACAGUGCCUCUGAUUGGGCGCUCGGCGUUGCUAGGAGACCAUAAGAACAGCGUGUUUGUGGCGGUGGCGUGCGGACGGGGCGACGCGUCCAGUCGAACCUUCUGCAUCACCAGCUCUGCUCUGCUCUGUGUGUUCAACGGACAGCGCACCCUAGAGGCCUGGGUGAACCUCAAGGCAGAGGCGGCGUUCUCUCUGGCGGUGGUGGAGGACAUGGUUUUCUGCGGCUGCUCCAAUGGCGUCGUCCGAGUCUUUUCCUCCAGCCUCAGCUACAUCUGCACCCUGCAGCGCCCCCACAGGCUGGGAGUGGAGCUGCAGCACAGUGCGUCGCCGGGCGGAGUGGGCGGAGUCUACCCGGAUGCUGUGGCACUGAGUUUUGACCCUGGGACACGCCUCCUCUGCGUCGUCUACGGCGACCACAGCCUCUACUGCCACGACCUGAGGGACCUGAAGGACCAGAGCAAGAUCUACUCUGCUCUGUACCACAGCGCCUGUGUGUGGAGCAUGGAGAUCUUUCCAGUCUUGGAGUGUUUUGAGUCUUGUUUUCCUCCGGGUUCGUUCCUCAGUUCUUCCUCAGACGGCUCCAUCCGAGUCUGGAGCACAGAGCGCCCCCACAGCAACGGCUACAGCCAGGACUUGUUGAGGAUCCUGUACAUUGGAGAGUCAGACUCAGAGCGGAGUGAAACCGGGGCUGAUGGGAAAUCCGGACUCCGGGUUCUGGCCGUGAGUCCCGAUGGAGCUCACCUGGCCACAGGCGAUCGCCACGGCAACGUCAGUGUUUUGGGUCUGGAGUUCAUGGAGGAGCUGCACAGGAUCGAGGCUCAUAACUCGGACGUGCUGUGUCUGACCUUCUCCCCACAAUCCUCAGGAGUGCGUCUUCUGGCCUCGGCCUCCAGAGAUCGGCUCAUCCACAUCUUCAACAGAGACCAGGACUACAGCCUGAUCCAGUCUCUGUACGACCACUCAGGCUCCAUCACUGCGGUCCGCUUCACAGGGGAGAGUCCAGACCUGAAGAUGGUGAGCUGUGGAGCGGACAAGAGCAUCUACGUCCAGACAACAGAACAGACGGGGGCGGGGUUGACCUUCUCUCGAUGUCAUCACGUGGUGGAGAAGAGCUCUCUGUACGACAUGGACCUGGACUCCACAGGCACAAACGCCGCCUUCGCCUGUCAAGACCGCAACAUACGGGUGUACAGUGUGGACAGUGGGAAGUUGACAAAGACUCUUAAAGGAUCCUCAAGCGACGAAGGAGCGCUGCUAAAGGUGACCUUUGACCCCUCUGGCUCAUACGUGGCAUCCAGCGGCUCAGACAAAAGCAUCUGUAUCCAUGACUACGAGAGUGGAGAGUGUGUGGCCACGCUAUACGGGCACUCAGAGAUCGUGACCUCGAUCCGGUUCAGUGCGGACUGUCGUCACCUGCUCACGGCGUCCGGAGACAGCUGUAUCUUCGUGUGGCGUCUCGACUCCUCGAUGACGUCGCUGAUGAGGAAGAGGCGGGGCUUGGACAGGAAGCAGGAGAAGAACAGGAAGUUGAACAUUAGGAGGGAGACGUUCAUCACAGCCCCGUCCAAUCAGAUCUCUCUGCUGCCUGAGGGGGAGGAGUCAGAGGUCAAGACCCCAGGACGACCUGACAUGGAGAGCGAGCUGCCGCCGCUGCUGCAGACCAAUGGGAAGCUGCCUCUGUGGUUCAGGAAAUUGCAAGGAGAGGGCGGGGCUCCCUCUGCUCUCGGCCAAUCAGACGCUGAGCCUCAACAGGUGAGGAGGCGGUGGGCGGAGCAAAUGAACCCCAUCAGGAUCUGCUCCAGUUUCUCCCCGAGUCCGACCCAGAACCAGGACCAAGAACAGGAUCUGGACCGAGACGUGGGACCAGAGGAGGAGUUCUGUCCCCAAAGUCUGGAGAGCCUCCUGGUGGAAGACGAGGGGGGGGAGGAAGAGGAAGAACAAGAGGAGGAACAAGUGGAGGAAGAGGGGGAGGAGCCUCCAGGUGUGAUCCGCAGCAGCUUCGGCCUGUUCCCUGACCACAGCGCCUCCGACAGGGACUUUGAUGUUCAAGGUCAUCAGGGUCAUGAGGCGGUCAGUCCAGACUCGGCCUGUUCAGACGGUUCCACAGAGCGCAACCAGGAUACAGACUGUGAGUCCCUCAGCUCCAGCUCUGGGUCUGGUCUGGUCCUGGAGGAGAACCCUCUGUCCCUCCCCCCCAACAUCAAGAUAACAGAAGAGCGCUUCGACACCGACCCCAGGACCCUGCAGCCCCCAGACCCAAAGCACUUCCUGCAGCCGCGCCUCAGUCUGUCCACGCGCUUCCUGUCCCGAUACCAGGACCGGAUACGGUCUAAGCCUCAGACCUCCGUCUCCUCCAGGAUCCUCGAGGAGAGCUCCAUCGAGAACGUCAAGGUUGAGCCUCAAACCAACGAGUCCAGUCUGAAAUCUGGGUCUUUGGACAAGUCUGAGUUCGGCCUCGGGUCCAAAUCGACGCAGGACAGCGGCUCUCAGAGACUCAGCGGACACAGGGCUGUGAUUGGCCGCAGGCACAGCUCCCAUCAUGCCUCGGGGCGGCGCAGACACACCUCGGUCACGGUGCAGUGUGGCCGGAGCACAGACGGCUUCAGGAGGAGCCUCCCGCCGCAGGGGCUUCUGGGAAAUGUAGCCCCACUGAGAAAGAGCCAAGGCCUGAACCAGGACCUGAAACCAGGACUAACCGAAGAUAAAACGUCAGGACUGAACCAGAGACUGUGGGACCGCGGGAAGGAGAACCUCAACCCGGGCCAGGACCAGGAACCGGACCCUUCUCCAGACUUGAACCCGGUCUCAGAGGAUCUAAACCCGAUCUCAGAGGGUUUGGGUCUCAUCCCGUGUGGAGCAGCUGAGGAACAGUCUGGAAACGUCAGUGUGGCCCCGCCUCCAGGCCCUGUGGCCCCGCCUCCAGGCCCUGUGGCCUCGCCUCCUGCUUCACUAGCCCCACCUCCAGGCUCUGUGAGCCCACCUCCUGUUUCUCUGGCCCCGCCUCCAGGCCCUGUGUGCCCACCUCCAGUUUCUCUGGCCCCGCCUCCAGACCCUGUGUGCCCACCUCCUGUUUCUCUGGCCCCGCCUCCAGGCCCUGUGACCCCGCCUCCGGAGCUCCACACAGUGGAACAGGAAGAGGCCGAUGAUGUCACAUCCUGCCCCGCCCCCGAGUGUGACAGGCCCCGCCCACCUCCAGGUGAACAGGAAGUGAUGCAAAUGGCUCAAGCAUUACGACGAACGACAGAAGAAACAAUCCACCUCUACAGACAGGUGUCGUCAAACUCGUCUCUGGCGUCUCUUCUUCUUGCGGCGUUGGAAGAUUCUCGCUCCAGAAUCAGCGGCGUGUGUGACAGCGCCCCCCACAGGACAGACAGCGCCCCCCACAGGACAGACAGUGCUCCCCAUACGACAGACGGCGCCCCCUGUGUUCACCCGGAGCUCUGCAGCUGUACUGUGUCUCUGUUAGAGCGAUACUCCGAACGACUGCUGCAGAUCACCAGAGACAAACUCAACUAAGGACCAGAGUCCAGCAGAGUCCAGCAGAGUCCAGCAGAGUCCAGCAGAGUCCAGCAGAGUCCAGCAGAGUCCAGCAGAGUCCAGCAGAGUCCAGCAGAGUCCAGCAGAGUCCAGCAGAGUCCAGCGUGUGUUAUGUCUGUGAUGUUUUAUACGUUAAUAAUAAAGUAUUUUCUGU